GCUGUACUGCGCGCGGCUCUGUAGGGGUGAGGGCGCGCCUCAAAACGGGGCUUCCGCGGGUUCGGAACCCCGCAGUGUGAAACGCGAGUGACUAAAGCAAGCGGCAUGCAGAGACUGACGACAACCGUGCUCCACCGCAGCGACUGGCUGAAGCGCCCCACCGCCAUCUUUGCUACGGGCAGUGCUGUCGGGAAACCGGAGCGGCUCGAGCCCGCUGCCAUCUUUGCCCGGCCGGAGGGAGAGCCGCCCAGCCCGGGCACGGCUGUGCUGCCGCGGUUGACUAUCAAGACUGGAUUUGGAUAUCAUGUGUUGGACUGCAAAAUCUUUUGUCCGAGGGCUGAGCUUCGGUGUUAAAUACUAUCCUAAGGAUAACCAUCUUCCAGCACUAUGUCUUUGUAGUACAAUAAAACCGAACAAAUGCCACAUCCUCGACUGGUCAAGAAGUUCAUGCAACAUCACUGUGCCACCUGGAAGAAUCCUGUCAUGGAGGUUAUUUUCCUGCAAGGAGGGGACAAAAAUCCACUUUAAAAGGAAAAAAAUCACAUCCAUAACAGCAUCAGAGCUUUUGUACAAAGAUCUUCUGAAAUCAGAGCAGGAAAACUGGAAUAAAAUUUCAAGAAGUUAUAAAGCUAUGACAAAAAGAAUAAAGGAAAAAAUAGAAGAACUGCACAAAAAGUAUACACUCCAUUUGGAAAGCCCAAGGAUAAGAUUUGGAGGAAACGUUUACUUUGAGGAGAAUGGUGACAUAUUUUGUUCAAAAGCAGAUGAUGAUAAAGGAAACGUUCGCAUUUUAUUCAACACUGAAGAUAUGGGCUUUUCUGGUACCUUUAUUAAACGGAUCAGGGUUUCACCAGAUGAGAGGUACCUGGCUAUCAGCUUAAAAAGUGAAAAUUCUGAAGAGGCAACCUGUGUUAUUAUGAAACUCGGUGAUGUUCCCAUCGUGGAAGAAGUAAUUCCAAAUGUUUUUAGUUUCGAAUGGGCUACAAAUGAUGUUCUGUAUUACACAAGUCAGAAGAACCUUAAAUGCCAGAAUGUGUUCAUGACCACUUUCACUAAUGAGAAAUAUACUAAGUUGGUUUACACAGAACAAGAUGCAAGAUUUUUUGUGGACAUACACUGCACAAAAGAUAGACGUUUCCUCACUAUCAAUAGCAACAGCAAGACAACCUCAGAAGUUUGGCUGAUUGACUGCAGACAUCCUUUUAAGUUACCUGUUCUUGUGCAAGCCCGAACACAAGGGGUCAUUUAUCACAUUGAGCACAGAAACAAUGAGUUAUAUAUUCUUACUUCAUAUGGAGAACCUGCAGAAUAUAAGUUGAUGAAGGCUUCAGUAGCUUCCACUGGCAUGGAGAACUGGCAGUUAGUUUAUGCACUGGAAGAGAAAACCAAGCUAAUAGACUUGGAGAUGUUCCGUGAUCACUGUAUCAUGUUCCUGCAGAAAGCUGGCUGUCUGUACUUAAACGUGAUUGCUUUUGUUUCACGUUCAGUUCAAUCAAUACAGCUACCUACAUGGGCCUGUGCCUUUGAAUUGGAAUCUCAUCCUGAACACGCCAGCAGCACUUGCUAUUUUCAGCUCACCUCCCCAGCACACCCCCCAAGGCGUUUUGCAUAUUCAUUUAAAGAAAAUAAUCUCAUUGAACAAGCUGCAGAAGAGGUACCAAUUAUUAUGAAUUGUCACACUACACGUUUACUAGCUAAAAGCAAGGAUGAAACUUUGGUGCCAAUUACAGUUUUUCAUAAUACGAAUUCUAAAGAGCUACACAGGAAACCACUUCUAGUUCAUGUAUAUGGAGCUUAUGGCAUAGAUUUGAACAUGAGCUUUAGAGAAGAGAAGCUGAUGUUAAUUGAAGAGGGCUGGAUAUUAGCAUAUUGCCAUGUUAGGGGUGGAGGAGAGCUAGGCCUCAGGUGGCACAAAGAUGGAUGUCAGCAGAACAAACUCAAAGGUCUCUAUGACCUUAAGGCUUGCAUCAUGCUGCUGCAUGAACUAGGAUUUUCUCAGCCAAAAUAUACAGCACUAACAGCUGCCAGUGCUGGAGGAGUUCUUGCGGGAGCCAUUUGCAACAGCGAUCCAGAACUUAUCAGAGCCAUGGUUUUACAGGCACCUUUUGUAGAUGUUCUGAACACAAUGAUGAAAACUCAUCUCCCACUGUCAAUUGAAGAACAAGAAGAAUGGGGAAAUCCGUUAGCAGAUGAAAAAUGUAUGAAGUACAUCAAAAACUACUGUCCUUAUCACAAUAUUAAGCCACAGUGCUAUCCUUCAGUUUUUAUCACAGCAUAUGAAAAUGAUCAACGAGUGCCACUAACAGGAAUUCUGCGGUAUGUUCAGAAACUUAGGAAGGCUACAUCAGAUCACACCAGCAGAACAGGAAAGGAAGGAAACUGGAUCCCUAAAAUCAUCUUAGACAUCCAGGCAAGUGGCAGUCAUUGUGACUCAUCCUGGGAGGAUUCACUGACUGAGGUCUCUUCAAGCUUGUGUUUGCAAGGACUACAGCUUGGGGAGGACUGCUCGUGUGAGAAACAAAUUUCUCAAGUUCAACAACUGUACUGAAUAGCAACUUUCAGCUUAUUGAAAGGUGUUAUGUAAGAAGAUGAAUGAAGUUCUGAUUUUGAGGGAUUCAGAAAAAUUAUGACAAAGCUUCCUCAAUGUUAUUGAAGAGCUUGCCAAAAGAUCUGACACUUAAAUUUAAUGACAUAAGAGGGCAUAAAAUAUUUUGCACAUACUUUGGAUGUUUGUUUCCUAUGAAAAUUGUUUUUUUCAUAUAAAGGACACUUUUCACUACAAUCUGUCAGAAUAGCAGCUUGACAAAAGAAAUUGUCACUUUGCCUCAUGACAUUAUAAAUAACGGGUUUCUCCUUUUAGCAUGUUCUGAAAAGCAGGGAAAAAAAGAAUCCUAAGUUUUUAACACUUGUAACACUCCCUUUUAUCUUUACCUUUUCAUGAUUCUUAAAGACUUUCAAACGCUGGGAUUGAAAACUAUUUCUUGAGCAAAUCCUCUCUACCUCAUUAAUCAGGGACUCUUCCUCUCCAGAUCGAACAAAGAGUGGUUUUGCAUUGUUACAAACCCAUGAGCCACAGGGUGGCAACUAAAUGAGAGAAUAACCUGAGGAGCCAAGGGCAAGCCACUUUGCUGAAGAGCAUCUUUUUGUCAGCAGUAAUCAAUGACAGUAAGAUAAUGCAAGACACAUUUUUUGGUUUCUCAGAGACAAAGCGAUUUCCUGUCAGAGACAUUUCUUCACAGCUGAAUCAGACAAACCUAGGGACGAUUCUGUGCUUCUCUGAGUGCAUCUUUCCCUUUGGUACAAAUCUGGCCAAUAAUACUCUCAGUAACAUCACCAGCAGCUGCCUCAUUCUGCAACAGAAUCAUAGGAUAGCUUGGGUUGGAAGGGAUCUCAAGGAUCAUCAAGUUCCAGCCCCUCUGCGACAGACAGGGUUUCAACUGUGAGAUCAGGUACUGGAUCAGAUUGCCCAGGGCUCCAUCCAACCUGGCCUUAAACACCUCCAGGGAUGGGGCAUCCACAAACUCUGGCCAAUCUGUUCCAGCGCCUCAGCACUCUCUCUGACAUCUAAUCUAAAUCUCCAUUCCUUUAGUUUUAAACCAUUCCCCCUUGCCCUAUCACUACCUGACCACGUAAAAAGUUGAUUUCCUUCAUAUUUAUUAACUCCCUUUAAACACUGGAAGGCCACAAUGAGGCCUCUCCCAACACCCUUCUCUUUGUCAGGCUGAACAAUCAUAGAAUCAUAUAGAAUCAUAGAAGGGCCUGGGUUCAAAAGGACCAUAAUGAUAAUUUAGUUUCAACCCCCCUGCUAUGUGCAGGGUUGCCAACCACUAGACCAGCUCGCCCAUCAGCCUAUCUUCAUAGGGGAGCCCUUAGAUCAUCCUCAUCUCCUUCCUCUCCAAAUUCUCCACAUCUUUCCUGUGUUUAGGACCCCAGACUUGGAUGCAGUACUCCAGCUGGGGCCACACAAGGGCAGAGUCACGUCCCUCCCCCUGCUGGCCACCCCUUUUGAUGCAGUCCAGGAUACCAUUGGCCGCCUUUGCUGCAAGCGCACACUGCUGGCUCAUGUUAAGUUUUUCAUCAACCAGGACCUGUAAGUCCUUCUCAGCAGGGCUACUCUCAAGUUCUCCUCCCAGCUUGUAGACGUAUCUGCAGUUACCUCAACCCAAGCGCAAAACCUUGCACUUUGCUUUGUAGAACCUCCUUAAGUUCACAAGGGCCCCCUCUUGAGUUUAUCAAGGUUCCUCGGAUGGCAUCCCUUCCUUCUGCUGUAUCAACCGCAACGCUCAGUUUGGUGUCAUCAGCAAACACUGAGGGCGCCCUCAAUCCCAUCAUCUGCGUCACUGACAAAGAUGUUAACAAGUACCGGUCCCAAGAGGAACCCAUGGCGAGGUCACCACUCACUGUCUCUGCCUGGACAUUGAGCUGCUGACCACAACCUUCUGGCUGCAACCUUCCAACCUUAUCCACUGAAUCGUCCAGCAUUCAAUUCUAUCUCUCUUCAAUUUAGAGAUAAGGAUGUGGUGGGGGACCAUGUCAACGGCCUUGCAGAAGUCGAGGUAGAUGACAUCAGAUAUCUUCAAUUUGUCCACCACUGCCAUCACUCCUUCAUAGAAGGCUAUCAGAUUGGUUAGGCACAAUCUUCCCUUUGGGAAGCCAUGCUGGCUGUCUCAGAACACCCACUCGUCCCCCUUAUGUUCCUUCCAGGAGGAUCUGUUCCAUGAUCUUCCCAAGCAGAGGUGAGGCUUACCAGCCUGUAGUUCCUUGAGUCUUCCUUCCUCCCUUUCCCGUAAAUGGGAAUGAUGUUUCCCUUUUUCCAGUCCCUGGGGGCUUUGCAUGAUAGCCACAACUUUUCAGAUACUAUGGAGAGUGGCUCAGCAACAAUAUCAGCAGCUCCCUUAAGACCCUGGGAUGCAUGCCUUCUGGCCCCAUGGAUUUGUACACAUUCAGUCCAUCUGAGAUGGUCUCAGAUUUGCUCAGUCCUUACAGUGAGAGAGAUUUUGCUCCCCCCAGUUCCCAGCUCUUUGUGAGAAUUCUGGCAGCUAGUGAAGACUGAGGCAAAGAACUCAGAGUAUCUCAGCCUUCUCCAUAUCUGUUGUAGCCCAUUCUCCUUUAUCUUUUAGUAGAGGAGUUAUGCUCUCUUUGACCUGCAUGUUCUGACCUAUGUACCUGUAGAAUCUCUUCUUCUUGUUUCUAACAUCCCUUGCCAAGUCCAGUCCUGUCUGUGCCUCUGGUUGGUCUGUCCAGUACUUGAACCAGAAAGUUUUAUUGUCAGUGCACACCAGGAGUCUCCUGGAUCACUUACAGCUCAUCAUGUUGUAACAGAGGCGUUCCACAUUGAGAACUGCAUCUGCCUUAGGAUCAUGUUCUUGAGGUGUUCAACUAUAGCCAGAAGAUGCAGAUCUGGGCUAUUCCCUUUUGGGCAUGACCUUUUCCAAUCGUGCAGGCAUAUCUCCAGCAAAGAGACUACAGUAGUCAGGUGCAAUCAUAGAAGAAACAAGAAAUCACAUACACAACUGAAAGUCAGGCAGGUCAGCACAGUGUGAAAGGCACAGGCACUUUGUUUUAAUCCCUUGACUUUGAUUAAGUUCUGAACAAACUAUAAGCAAACAAACAUCCUGCUACGCGUUACCUGUAACUAUGAACAAAUAAGUGACAUAUAUGGUCUGCAGGCUUGGCCAACAGCUUUGGAUCUGAAAUCCAAAACAAAAAAUGGAGACCCUGCAUGACAAGGAAAAACCACUUCUACCAUUAAGUUAGCACUUCCUGGUACUUAGCAGUGCCUGGUGUGCUCACACACCUCUUUUUGGAGACCCCCUCUUCUGAGUUUGUGCACUUCAGAGAGGGCUAUGGCUUUGACAGGUGCCUCUUUAUAGCAAGAAUAAAGCAGUUUCCAGGAGACAGGCUUUAGCUACGCUUCCAUGAACUCUGAAUUCCUUUAAAAAUUAGCCAGGAAAUAAUGGACUUUGAUAGAGUGAAUAAAGUACUGCGGGAGGAAGGAGACAUGGACUCUGUUCUUCCUGCCUUAGGCAACUGCACACCUAUCAGAGCCACUGGCCUAGGCCUGACACUGGCAAUUGCUAUGACUUCUGCUGAAGCAAAGCAAGGCCACCACAGAACAUGCUAGUCUGAUUCAGCUGAGGGCAGAAAACAGCGACCAGGACUGUAACCUAGCAGCUCAGGAAGGUGCCAGAGCCUUGGUUCUGAUUUCAGGCCUGGCCAUUUCUGCAUCCUGUAUAACAGCUUUGCAAUGAAGAAUAUAGUACCACACCUAAACGUUGAGAAAAACUGGAUUUGGUUGAUCUUGUAUUUUCAAAUAUUCCAUUAAUCAGAACUAAAUAACAACAGGAUCAGAAUUUAUAUACUCCUCACUUACAUUUGCUGAUGCAACGUUCUCCAUGCCUAUUUCUUCACCAUAGUAAGUUAUAGGAGUACCAGGGAGGGUUAACAGCAGCAUGUUUAUAACUUUGACAUACUCAUUCCCAAACCGAGAUGAAAUCCGAUCAGCGCUCGGGCUUCCGACCUCAAGAAAACAUCAUUCCAUUAAAAAGACAUAAAAUUCUA